GUGACGCAACCACGCCUCGCCCCCUGGUCUUUACGCUCGGCUCUGCUGCACGUUUGGUACCUCGAGCACACGGAUUCGCAGUCAUGUCUCUCGGGAAAGCUGUCAGGAGUUUGGUGAGGCCGGCCCGGGUCGUCCUGCGACCCUCGGCCUCGAGCCGGAGCUACGCCGCUGUCGCCGAAGCCAGAGCGGUGCUGGAGGGCGAGCUCGACGGUAUCCGAGCCGCGGGGACGUGGAAAGCGGAGAGAAUCAUUACGUCCAAGCAGGGUCCUCAAAUCAACGUGGACGGCAGUCAGAGCAGAAUAUUGAAUUUCUGUGCCAACAACUACCUGGGGCUGUCUAGUCAUCCAGAGGUGGUGCAGGCGGGGAUCGACGCUCUCAAGACCUAUGGUGCUGGACUGAGCUCUGUCAGAUUCAUCUGUGGCACACAGGACCUGCACAAAAACCUGGAGCAGAAGCUCGCAGAGUUUCACGAGAGGGAGGACUGCAUCCUCUACGCUAGCUGUUUUGAUGCCAACGCUGGACUGUUUGAGGUUCUGCUGGGCCCAGAUGACGCAGUGCUGUCUGACGAGCUGAACCAUGCCUCCAUCAUUGAUGGGAUCCGUCUGUGCCGAGCGAAGAGGCUGCGCUACAAACACAUGGACCUCAGUGAUCUGGAGAACAAGCUCAAAGAGUCCCAGUCAUCUCGUAUGCGCCUUGUGGUGACAGACGGAGUCUUCUCCAUGGAUGGAGACGUGGCUCCUUUAAAAGGAAUCUGUGACCUGGCCGAGCAGUACGGAGCCAUGGUGUUUAUAGAUGAGUGCCACGCCACCGGCUUCCUGGGGGCUCGGGGCAGAGGAACAGAUGAGCUCCUGGGAGUGAUGGACAGGGUUCACAUUGUAAACUCCACCCUGGGUAAAGCCCUGGGAGGAGCAGCUGGCGGCUACACAGUUGGUCCUAAGCCUCUCAUCGACCUGCUGAGGCAGCGCUCGCGGCCCUACCUGUUCUCCAACUCCCUCCCCCCUCCAGUGGUGGGCUGCGCCACCAAGGCUGUGGAGCUGCUGCUCGCAUCUAAUGAGAUUGCACAGAGCAUGACGGCCAAAACCAUGAGGUUCAGGAACAAUAUGACACAGGCCGGCUUCACCAUCGCAGGCUCGGCUCACCCCAUCUGUCCUGUGAUGCUGGGCGAUGCUCGGCUGGCCUCUCUGAUGUCUGAUGAUAUGCUGAAGCUUGGAGUGUACGUGAUCGGAUUCUCCUACCCAGUGGUACCAAAGGGCAAAGCCAGAAUCCGCGUUCAGAUCUCAGCCGCCCACACAGACGAAGACAUCGACCAGUGCGUCGAUGCUUUCAUCCAGACCGGCAGAAAACAUGGAGUCAUCUCAUGAGCAGGACAAAGAAGCAGGAAUCGGAAGGAUUCAGCGAUCAGCGUGAAUCACUGAACGACGUUCAGUCGCUUGUUCUUGCGGAUCGAUCAGCCCGUUACCUAGGAGACCUAUGAGUGAUGUUGAUGGAAAUAUUAGUUACAUUAUUAGGUCAGCGGAGAUGAAUGUUGUUGUUGUUUGCUAGCUGAAUAAAGCGCUUUUGCUAACAUUUAUAGAUGUUUGUAUUUUGGCAAAAAUGACUGUUAACAAAACUUAUUAUCAGCAGAUUUACUUUGAUGAUUGUGGGAAUAAUCUUAAUAUCUUUAGUCAUGCAGUCAGUCAUGACCUCACAGUAUCAGCAUUGAUUAGAAUCAACAUUCAACCCAUUUCAAAACUAGUGAAAGAACUGUGGCUCUUUGUUAAUGUUUACUAGUGAGAGAUAUUGUGAGUCAUGAGGGAAAACCUGCUCCUUCACAAACUCUGACACUACGGGCUUUAAUGAUGUUUCAGCAGCCAAAGGUCAUGUGCUCUCUCUGAGUACACGCUCUCCCCAGGAGGAGAGCUGCUUUGCCUUUUUUCCCCUCAGGACAUACAAUAGCACAUUUGCAGAUUGUUGAUAUGCAGUAGUGUAAAAUACAGUGUCAAAUAUUAAAUUCUCUCAACUCAGAAA